CAUGACGAGCCAGAACGACACAACCAUAUGCAUUGCGCACGUCUACCGAGGGUCGUUUGUGCACUCAACUCGGAGCGCAGCGGUGGAAAUUCUCCAGGAUACUGUAUUGGGAGUGGACCGCGCCGGAAAAAUAGCUUUCAUCGGAGAUGGAAGUGAUCUGGACCGUCUCUCACAAAAAUGGGGCUUCAAACCAUCAGAUGUCAAACAGCUCGGGCAAUGUGAAUUCUUCAUGCCCGGCAUGGUGGACACCCACAUUCAUGCCUCUCAGUACAGUUACUCAGGCACAGCUCUGGACCUCCCUCUGCUCCAGUGGCUCAACACUUACACCUUCCCUGUGGAGGCGCGCUUUAAAGACCUCUCCUUUGCCAUGGAUGUUUACACCAGAGUCGUGAAAAGAACGUUGAAAAAUGGCACUACAACCGCUUGCUACUUCGCCACAAUACAUACAGAUGCUUCAUUAUUGCUGGGCCAGAUAGCUGAUAAAUUUGGACAGCGAGCGUUGGUGGGUAAAGUCUGCAUGGAUCAUAAUAAUUAUAAUUACAAAGAGACUCAAAUGGAGAGCGUGGAAGAAACAAAGCGUUUCAUCCAAGAACUUCUCAAGAAAGAGUACCCACAUGUCCGUCCAGUGGUUACUCCCCGCUUCGCUGUGUCCUGUUCUUCCGACCUGUUGUCAGCUCUGGGUGAAAUUGCCAGAAACAAUGACCUUCACAUUCAGAGUCACAUCAGCGAGACCAAAGAAGAGGUUGAAGUGGUGAAGGAGCUCUUUCCAGACCACAAAUCAUACACAGAUGUUUACAAGAAGCAUCACCUUCUGACAAAUAAGACAGUUAUGGCCCAUGGAUGUUACCUGACUGAUGAGGAGCUGAAGGUUUUCAGGGAAACAGGCGCUGCUAUCUCCCACUGUCCAAAUAGCAACACCUCGUUGUGCAGCGGAAUCCUGAAUACUCGUAAGGUCCUGCAAAACGAGGUGAAACUUGGUUUGGGCACCGAUGUGGCUGGUGGCUACUCUCCGUCCAUGCUGGACGCCAUCCGAAGAGCCUUGGACAGCUCCAAAGUCCUGACCAUCCAGGACCCCAAUUUCCAGACCCUUACCUUUCAGGAGGCGUUCAGAUUGGCCACACUGGGUGGGAGUGAAGCUCUUGGGUUGGACGAGCAGAUUGGAAACUUUGAGGUGGGGAAGGAUUUUGAUGCACUGCGGGUGAACCUUUGUGUUCCUGAUGGACCAGUUGACGUAUUUCCAGGAGAUUUUUAUUUGUCUCUCUGUGUCCUGCAUCGGGGAAUUCCCACAGGUGACGACCGGAACAUCGUGGAGGUGUACGUUGCCGGGAGACGGGUGGUGCCUUUGCCAGAGAAAUGAUGAUGCUGAUAUUUCCAGAAUCUUUUCAAGGUUUUUCUUUAUCUUUCUGAAGCAUCACUCUUAGCAGUGUAAUCUGAUAACCUAUCUUUGACCACUAGUCAUUCUGACAUAGAAUAAGCAAGAACAGACAAUAUGUAUGCAGCAUUAUAUGAUAUUAUAAGAUGUUUUGUUUCUGUGAUUUUGUUGCACAGAGGUACAUGCUUUGCAGAACAAUGUCCAGUUUUAACUUUUAAUUUUGUUUUUCAUCGUUGUUGUGUUUGAAGGCAAAUUCUAAUUAUGCGUUAUUAUGAACAAGAACAUGAAAAUUAGUCAGUGUUGUUUUGUUGUUUGUUUGUCUUUUUAGAUAAUAAAAGAACAUUUGUGUUUUAUGAUUUUACAAA